AUGUCGGCAGCAUCACUUGCGCAGAGUGGAAUACUGUUGGAAGGAAUGAAAUUUGCUAUUUUCAUUGAAGCUCGUAUCUUGGAUUACAGUGGACUAGGUUCCAAAUGCCAACAAUUCCUCUCCAAUCUAAAGACACUUCAAACAAAAAAUGAAAAGGCUAGUCUUGGUGCUGUCGUAGCUUUCGGACAUGACUCUUGGAAAUCAAUCAAUAAAGGUCAAGGUGGUAGUGAACUAAUCAACUUUGUACCAUUAGGAAAUGAUCAUAUCUCUGCUCCAAGUACCCAAAGAGAUAUGUUUAUACAUAUUCAAAGUUUACAUUUUGAUAUUGUAUUUACAUUGGCCAUGCAAGCAAGUAGAAUAUUUGGACCUAGUAUAAAGGUGGAAGAAGAGGUACAUGGAUUUAGAUGGGAACAAGAAAGAGAUACGACUGGGUUUAUCGAUGGCACCGAGAAUCCAAAGGGAGAAAAGGAUCGUGCAGACGCUGCCAUCGUACCAGACGGUCCUGACAAGGGAGGAUCGUAUAUCCUGAGUCAACGAUUCGUACACGAUCUAAAGAGUUGGGAAAAGUUGGCAGUUCAUACACAAGAAAAGGAUUUUGGUCGUACCAAAGAAAAGAGUGUCGAGUUGCCACUGGACAAGAGAAACCCAGGUGCACAUGUCACCAAAACCGAUCUAGGUGACAAGGUUGUCCGUCAAAGUCUUCCCUAUGGCAAGGCUACUACCGGUGAAGUCGGUCUCUACUUUCUCUCGUAUGCCAAACAUCUCUCUUUUCAUGCUGAUCAACUAAAGAGUAUGUUUGGUGGCGUCGACGGUACAUUUGACCAGAUACUAAACUUUACCAAACCUGUCACUGGUAGUUAUUGGUUUGCUCCAUCUUUAAAUCAAUUAAAUCAAUUAGCUAAAACAAAUCUAUAG